CAACCACUGGACACCAAGCGCCCCUCCACAUACCGCAGCCUCAUCAACAGCUGCGAAUCGAGCUAUCGUCCAAUUGAACUCAGGGCGACUGCACCAGUCUACAUCAUUCUUUACAGAACCCCCGAAGUACCUCCUUACUAUAUUUGGCAGGGGCUCCUCUACCUAGCGUCGCCUUCCGACUAUCAACCGGCUCUUCAAAGGAACAUUGCCCAGAUUCCUUCACAAUAAUCACAAUGUCUGCUCGCCCUUUGUCGCAAGCCCUCCGUGCUCGCUGCCUUCUCCGCGGACCUCAGAACACUAGGGGCUUCUCGACCCGGAACACUCUCCGCGCCGCUGACCACGGUAAUCACUAUGACCCUCCCACCGGAUGGCUCUUCGGCGUCAAGCCAGGUCAGAAAUACGUGAAGGAAGGAUGGGAGAACAUUUGGUACUACGGAUUUAUUGGCAGUUUGCUCGCUGCUGGUGUUGCAUACAUUUUCAAGCCUGAUACCUCGAUACAAACGUGGGCUUUGGAGGAGGCCCGACGAAGGCUGGAGGCCGAGGGCAUCCUGGAGGACCCUGACAAGGUUCAGCAGAAGUGAUCGCAUUAUUCCCCGAUUUUCCUUGUACACUGUACAUAGAGUGAUCGGCUAUGAAAGGCGCCUUACCACAAGCCUGGUCUGUGAUACAUACGGCGUAUGAGCCCAACUUAGACGACUUGCUUUUUCAAAGUCUUUGUUCGUUCCUUCAAUUCUCUUGUUCCACGCAGAGGGAUUUAUGUCGUCGUUGUAUUUUUGAAAGUCUCAAAUGAAGUCACUCAAGAAAUCUUUCAAAAGGGGAAGACGUUGGGCCUGGUAGAGCAAUGGUUGUCGAUUGCCUUUAAAGACGACCUGAGACGAGCAUUACGUAGCAAGAUCUACGGGGCUUAGGUUGGAUAUGUCUUGGCAAUUAAAUCAGGUGCUAUACCUCUGG